GGAAAGAUGACAUCAGUAACAUAGCUUCCACUGAAAACUUCCAUGCUCUGACGUGUUUGAUUUCUGUUCAACCGUUGGAGUCUACUUAUCACAUGAAAAUUACCCUCAUAAAAACAAGUG